GUAGAGGUAACCGCAAGCAGUGCGACUGGACUUCAAUCAUGCGCACAGCUCUGCACUCUGCGCUCUCUGACAUUAUAGUGGCGUGUUGCCUAAUAGAAACGUGAACCACGAACUUUUGCCCUCUCUUGUGUGAUGAGAAACAAAUAAAGAACCACAGAGAAGUGACCAUGUUUUCGCAAAAUCCGAUAAGUAGCCUUACUAAAUAUGUUUCGAAGCCGUCAGUCGUGGGACAGGUUGAGGUUUGUAUGGUUGAAUGUCAGUCGCCUUGCGCGGUUAGGACAGCUGUACCAGACGGACAAACCGCCGAUCAUGGGAGGGUAGCAAAUCAGGCUGAUCUGAAGGAGAAGAUGUGUCCCUGUGAGGCCUGGUGUUCCCAGAAGCGGACCUAUGAGAACCUGGCCUACGAGCCUGGGAGUCAGAGUGAGCUCUACCCCCAACCUAAGGCCCUCUCCCGGGCUGUUUUCCAGCUCUCUGGCCUCACCCCCAAGUCCUCCAUCCAGGCCAUCGAGAGCCACGUUGCUAGCCUGAAGGGAGUGGUGUCUGUCAACUUCUCUGUGGCCAGUGGCCUGGCUCAGGUGGACUAUAACGCAUCAUCUGUCUCUACCAGGGAGUUAUCUCUGGCGAUCCAGGCCAUGGGCUACGGCGUCGUGGAUGUGGCUGGGGAAGAGGUGACUAAGAUCGGGGAGACGGAGGCCACAGAGUCCCUGACGAGGAUCGGGGUGAAGGGUAUGACAUGCCAGUCCUGUGUGCGCUCCAUCGAGGGAUGGAUAGGGACUCUGCCUGGAGUUCUGCACAUCAAGGUGUCUCUGAGCGAUCAAGAGGCAGUAGUACGAUUUCAGCCCCACACAGUGACAUCUGAGGAGGUAAAGGAACAGAUUGAGAACAUGGGAUUUGGUGCGACUCUUACGAACAAAGACACAAGUAUAGAUUGUGGGCAAGGGGAGACACAUGCGUCAUCCUCCAUCUUGGAUUCACUGACUCAGACGUCUGUCAUUGGGAUUGUAGGGAUGACCUGUAAUUCAUGUGUCCAGUCCAUAGAGGGAAAGAUCUCUGAGAUGACUGGGGUGUGUUCUAUAGCGGUGUCAUUAAAGGAGGAACAGGGAACCGUCACCUUUGACCCCAGUCUGACUCAGCCAGAGGAAUUAAGGGCAGCCAUUGAAGACAUGGGAUUUGAUGCUUCACUCAUAGAAUCUGGUUCUGCAGAAACUCUACCAACCCCUCCCCUUCAAGAACCAAAGACUCCCCUUUCCCCCCACUUCCCCAGAAUGGCUCACAGUAGCUCUGGCUCUACCAAGACUUCCAUUAACGGUAGCUCUGGCUCUACCAAGACUUCCAUUAACGGUAGCUCUGGCUCUACCAAGACUUCCAUUAACGGUAGCUCUGGCUCUACCAAGAUGGCCACUGCCGGUGAGGAGGGGAAGGUUCAGAAGUGCUUCAUCCGUGUGACAGGCAUGACCUGUGCCUCCUGUGUGGCCAACAUUGAGAGGAACUUAGUCAAACACAGAGGUGUCAUCUCAGUGCUGGUUGCCCUCAUGGCUGGUAAGGCGGAGGUGAAGUAUGACCCUGGUAUUGUUGAUGCCAAGCGGAUAACACAGCUCAUAGAGGGUCUAGGCUUCGGUGCCACACUGAUAGAGGACAAUGUUGUUAUGGAUGGGAAACUGGACCUCUCUGUAACUGGGAUGACAUGUGCGUCGUGUGUCCAUAACAUUGAGUCCAAACUCACCAGGACUAAAGGGAUUCUGGAAGCCUCAGUUGCACUGGCAACCAACAAAGCCCAGAUCAAGUUUGACCCAGAAGUGCUUGGAGCUCGUGACAUCAUCAGAAUGAUUGAGGGGCUAGGCUUUGGGGCGUCUCUAAUGAAAGCUGAAGGCUUUGGGAACAACCUGGAUCAUGGGGAAGAGAUUCAACAGUGGAAGAACUCGUUCCUGUUCAGUCUGGUGUUUGGGGUGCCAGUGAUGGGCUUGAUGAUCUACAUGAUGGUGAUGGACAGUCAGCACGGGGAACACGGUGGCUCUAUGCCCGAGGAGCAGAACCUUCUCCCAGGCCUCUCCCUCCUCAACCUGGCCUUCUUCCUGCUCUGUACACCUGUCCAAAUCUUUGGGGGUCGUUAUUUCUACAUCCAGGCGUACCGCUCGUUGAGACACCGCACGGCUAACAUGGACGUCCUCAUCGUCCUGGCAACCUCCAUCGCCUACAUCUACUCAGUUGUGGUCCUCAUCGUGGCGAUGGCAGAGAGAGCCAAUCAGAGCCCUGUCACCUUCUUUGACACCCCGCCCAUGCUCUUCGUCUUCAUCGCCCUGGGCCGGUGGCUGGAGCACAUAGCAAAG